UCCUAGGAUCAGCUAUUUCUCCAAGGAGCCCUGAUUUCUAUCAUUAGCUGAUUUUUUUCACAUUAUAAAGCAUUCACAUGAAUAGAAUUUUUCAAAGGAUGAGAUAAAGUAAAAACAAAUGGGAUAGCUAUAUUUUUCAGAUGUAGAUAUGUAAAAGAAUAUUAAAGAUUCUUGUGAAAGAUCACAUCACACGUAGAGGAGGGAGUCCGAGGGCUGGCAGGUGGGGGACAAAGACUACAGCAGGAUAAAGGGCUGGAAACAUCAGCUGAAAAGGACAUCAAGGGUUGGUGCCUGGGUGCUGCUGUUGCCAUCUACUCCCGUGAGCGGCCUCCAAUAGGGGCCCUCUGAUUCUGAGCCAGUCAGAAUACCUCCUGAGUGCCCCCCAUCUGCACCUGCUUCAGUGUCUUUGGCUUACAUGAAUGAAUGUAGCCUAAAACUCCACCCAAGAAUGGGGGACACUGGGUAUCAGAUAGUAGGAGGUGUUGGCAGCUGCAGCAAGGGGUAUUUUGGGAUGAUGACAGUGUCCUGGUUUCUUUAAAAUGUACUAACAUCUAAAGGAAAAGUAACUUAAUUUACUCUAAUUUCCACCCCAAAGGGCCAGCCAGAGUGACUAUUGAGCUAAGUUUCAAUAGUGUUCCUUCCGUGCCUGUAGUGUAAGUUGUUUUUAGCUCCCAAUGUUCAGGAAGGUGGAAUGUGGGUAUUUGGGGAACAUAUUCAGUCUACCCUAUUAAGUUUGGAGGCUUGCCUGACUGAGGCUGAAAAUGCCAGCCUUCACAAUCAAGGAAGGAAGUACGUGGUAGUUGUGCCUAGGGAGGAGCUUGCCCUGGGCAGGAAAAGGCAACUGUGAUUGCCAGGCUACCAGGCCAGCAUCACAGCUAGGAUACAGGAGCCAGUCUUAGGGCUGGCAGUCUCUCUGCCUGCCCUGUUUGCAAAAUCAGAUGCUAGUAUUGCUUACCCAUUGGGAAGGAACAAAGGCUCCAUGAUAAUAGCUGCUGGGCAGUUCCAGUUGCUGCAAUAUAAAGGCAUCAAGAAUUGGGUGGUGAGUAGGAACCUGGUUAAAGAAACCGUGAUAUAGCCAUACAAUGGAAUAUGCAUAGUUUAAAAAAAAAACAGCAAAGCACCGCUUGAGAACUGCAGGCCUCUCGCACACAACCACUCUGUCCAAACCUGCACUGAGACUUGACCAAACUAUGGCAUGACUUCUAGCAGCAUAAGGCUACGAUGUCUCCUACAGCCCAGAAGCACGUCAUGAACCUGAGAGCCAUUCCUUUGAAAAAUACUCAUCAGGAAGGACAGGGCAUCUGUCUUCCUGCUCCGUGGAAGGAUGGACUCCUGACUUUCAUACUUCACAGCUAGCAGACACACCUGGCCUAAUCGCAUCUACACUGACCAGCUCUUUCGUUUUUCACUUCUCUGACUCUACUGAGCCCCGUUCCCCCCACCUGCACCCCAUUCUCCUUUUAAAAUGUCCAGUCAAAUCGCAUGGCGCUCAGCUCUUGCCUCUGCUGUCAGUUGUUACCGAAUAAAAUCUCUUUCCACCACAUUAACUACUAUCCGAUUGUGUUUGUCUUUGACACGCUGCAUGUUUGUUUUUUUUAUUGAACAAUCGCUAAGAUUUGUGUCACACACACAGAGUGGGACAGGUCAGCAGCAUAUGGAAUACUCCCAUUUUUGAACCAAAACAGUUCAGAACAGGUGAGUGUAGGGGGUGAUCCUUGUUUAGGAGGCUGGAUCCGGCGCUGGGUUGGAAUUUGCCCUCCAGGUCCCCAGCAUGGAGGCCCGGCGCCUGUGCUCUCGGGUGGGUGCCCUCGUGCAGACAAGCCGUAGUUUCCCCACGGCUGACGACUACUCUAGGUCUCGCGAGUAUAUACUCCGCCAUUCUGACCGCCCCGGAUGCUCCCGCGCCCGGAGCCCACAGACUGGCGCCGCGAGAGAGCUGGGAAAACCGGAAGUUGGAAUGGGGCAGCCGGACGGGAAACGCGAGCACACCGGCCACGGUCAGACAGCACCCGGGUGACCCCCCCACCCCACUCCGCGGGGCUGCCGUCGGGGACGCGGACGGGAGCGCGCAGGUGGCGUCUUCUUGCUCAAGCUUGGUUAAACCACCUGAUACCAGACUUGGCAUUUGUGAGUGUUUCCCGUGCCUGAAGCUCCAAUAAGUGCCUUCACCCAUGAUAUUUGGCUUUGUAACAGGCUCCUGAGGUUCCUGGCUAGAGGCUGGAGGGGGCUUGGCCAAUAAGAGGGAGGAGAAACGACUCAGCUGUGCUUUUUAGCUCUGCGACAGAAAAUGUCUGCAGAUGGUGGAGGCAUCCGGGCUACCCAGGACAAGGAGAGAGCCCAAGAGGUUCCAGGUCAUGGGCAUCCUUGUCGAGAAAUACUUUCCCAGUCAAAGGAGACGGUGCCUUUGGGAGCCACUCAGGAGUCACCCCACAUCAAGACAGAGCCUCAAGAGCCACAUCCCGAGGGGGCAUCGCAAGAGGACAGGGCUCAAGGAGCUCAGGGCUGGGUGCCCCUAAGCCAGGGCUCGAAGGAGAAAGCUCUCUUCCUGCCUGGUGGAGCCCUCCCCUCCCCCCAGAUCCCUGUGCUUUCCCAUGAGGGGAGGACCAGAGACCAGCAGAUGGCGGCGGCGCUCCUCACCGCCUGGUCCCAGAUGCCAGUGACCUUUGAGGACGUGGCUCUGUACCUCUCCCGGGAGGAGUGGGGGCGGCUGGACCACGCACAGCAGAGCUUCUACCGGGAUGUCCUGCAGAAGCGGAACAGGCUGGCCUUGGGGUUUCCCUUCAGCAGAACUUUCUGGACCUCCCAAGUUCAGAGCAAAGGCGAGGCCUCAAGCUCAUGCCAGCAGACAGGAGAUGAGGAAAAGAGAGGAGCUUUGGAGGUGGGGAAGGAGGAGACACCGCCAUCCCCAGCACCCCCUGGGGAUGUGAAGUCCUUCAGAACCAGGGCAGGGAGAGCCCAGGGGCAGGUACUGCAGUGUGGGCAGCAAGCAGCCAGUGGCCAGAGCUCGGGGUCAGCCAAAGAUGAUGGGCAGCCCCAUCUCCUGGAGGAGAGAAAGCCACAAACGGCCCCUCCUGACCACGGCCUCCCAGAGAAACCCAGUGAGGAGGAGACCUGUGUCCAGGAGAGCAGCGAGGAGGGCCUGGCCCCUGAUGGCGAUGGAGAUGCCAGCAAGAAGACCUACAAGUGUGAACAGUGCGGCAAAGGCUUCAGCUGGCACUCCCACCUGGUGACGCACCGGCGCACACACACAGGCGAGAAGCCCUAUGCCUGCACGGACUGUGGCAAGCGCUUUGGCCGCAGCUCGCACCUCAUCCAGCACCAGAUCAUCCACACGGGCGAGAAGCCCUACACCUGCCCCUCCUGCUGGAAGAGCUUCAGCCACCACUCGACGCUGAUCCAGCACCAGCGCAUCCACACCGGCGAGAAGCCCUAUGUGUGCGACCGCUGUGCCAAGCGCUUCACCCGUCGCUCGGACCUGGUUACCCACCAAGGUACGCACACAGGCGCCAAGCCCCACAAGUGUCCCAUCUGCAGCAAGUGCUUCACUCAGAGCUCGGCCCUGGUCACCCACCAGCGCACCCAUACUGGGGUCAAGCCCUAUCCGUGCCCCGAGUGCGGCAAGUGCUUCAGCCAGCGUUCCAACCUCAUCGCGCACAACCGCACACACACCGGCGAGAAGCCCUAUCACUGCCUCGACUGCGGCAAGAGCUUCAGCCACAGCUCGCACCUCACAGCCCACCAGCGCACCCACCGUGGCGUCCGGCCCUACUCCUGCCCACUCUGUGGCAAGAGCUUUAGCAGGCGCUCCAACUUGCACCGGCAUGAGAAGAUCCAUACCACGGGGCCCAAGGCCUUGGCCAUGCUGAUGCUCGGGGCAGCGGGGGCUCUGGCGGCACCCCCACCUGCUCCCACCUAGGAGGCUGGGAGGGUGGGGGCAGGCCUGGGGGAGGAGCAAGGGCAGUUGCAGUGGCUAUGAGGGAGGGCAAGGGAAGGGAGUUGGGGAGGUGCUGGCAUGGGGACGGGGCAUGGAAACAAGGGAAGAGCUAGAAUGAGGCACAGGCACACUAGCUGCACAUUAAAGGCCUUGGAAUCAAGCCUCGGCCUAUUGCUCUGUCUCGGGGGGCCCUGGUGACUGACCCCAGACUGUGGGAGGCUCUUGGGUCAACUAUGUGUCCUCAGGCAUCCCUGAGUCAUUGCUCUUCCCUGGGGGCACCCUCUUCCCCAGCCUUGACCUGGCUUGGGCCCAAUCCAGAUGGUUGGGACCAUAAGUCUCUAAGCAAAGACUUAAUACAGAUUUCAAGACCUGAAUUCAAUCAGCCACUUAUGGAAUUGUGGACCCCCUGGCAGAUGGUCUGCUGUUGCAAUCACUCUUGUCCCAGGGGCAUUGCUCACUGAGCCCUGGACCCUCCCUUGGCUCUUUGGGAGCCAGGAGUGGGGCAGAGCCAGCAUGGGAACCCAUGCUCAUUGUCUUCUGCCUGCCCUGUCUCCUGAGGCACCAGACCGAGUUUUGAAACUGGACAUUUUCCAUCUGCUUCCACUGGGGUCUGGCUGUAAUCCAGUGAGGAUUCCUCCAUUACCAGGGACUCCUAUUCCUCCUGGUCCCUUCUGAGGCUGCGGCCAGCUCCUUCUGCUAAUUCUCCCCUCUUUGGUCUCUUUGCACAUGCCUUUUAUAAUUUGCCCUACCCAUGCUUGCCUGGCUAUGUUACCCUGGCCUUAUGGUUUUUUACCUCCGUAGUUUCUAUUUCCCAUUCUCUACUAUUUUUCCUGGGAGGGGUGGGCUCAGCCUGCCUAUUAUACAAGAUUUGCAGCUCAGCUCCCAAGAAAAUAUGCAGCUCUGACCUUGAGGACAUCUGCAUCAGGGAAGCCUUUGAGAUCCCACCUGUCUCUGUGGAUCAUGGGGCCAGCAGGGUGGCUGCAGCCCUGUUUGGCUCCCAGCUCCUAAGGGACAAAGUUGCUUGAACAAGGGUGGACUGACAACAGUAAUAAUAGCUGCCAGUUGUUGAGCAGCUGCCCUCCCAGGCGCGGGGCCAAGAGCCAUAUAUAUGUCACCUCUGCUCUCCACAAUGCUGAGCAGUGGGUUUUAUCCUAGUUUUAUAGAUAAGGAAGAUGAGGCUGAGAAUAAAGUCCAGUAGCUUUCCCAAAGUCACACAAUGAGAGAGCUAGAAGCUGGGGUUCAGGGCCAGGGAUUUUACCAUGUAAAGAAUACUCCUGUUUCCAUGCACUCCAGCAGCUAUUGACUGUCUAAUUAGUGCAUGAUAUUAUGAUGCAGGGCUAUCUAAAAAGAGUAAGACAGACAGUGGACUUAACCUUCUGGGGCUGUGGACUCAGUUGGAAAUAGGGGGGAGGGGAGCAUGUAAUCAGCAGGACGCCAGGAAGCUGCUAACUAGUGGGAGCCCAGGCAGGACUUGGUGGUGUCUGGGAUGUCUCAGGGGGAUGUAGGGUUGGAUUACUGGCAGGACCAGUCAAAUUCAAUGGCUCUUUAUCAAAGAGGCAGGAAAGCACUUUCCUCCCUUUAGCUUGUCUUCAUGGCUUCAGUCACAGCCAGAAAUGGGAUUUCUCUGCUUGGCUCAGUGUGAGAGGCUGAGGGAGCUGACGCACAUAAAACAGUUUUGCUGCUCCCAGAGGCUUGUGUUCUAAUGAAGGAGGAAGACAGAGGUGAGAAAGAGACUUGUUAAAACAACAGUGGGAGCCGUCAUCACUUGGCACAAGCUUAGCACAGAGUAUUCAUUUGCUUCUUUGGGUUACACGGCCAGCACGUCAGAACUUGAACCACUUGGAGGUCUGUCAAGUGAGCCCAAAGAGCCAUUUAAAUCAAGACUUCACUCUGGCUCCUGAGGAGCUUGGAGACCAUGGUAUCCAGGAAAAACUGUUUCCCCUUUCCAUAGCACAGUGCAGAGGGAUGUGGUUCCAAGAACCCCACAGGUCUAUGUCUACUUCUUCCUAGAUACUCAUCCAGAGGCCAUCACUCUGGGACAGACCUGGCAAGAGCAUUUUGGCAGUUUGGGAAAUAUCUGGCAAAAGCAACUAAAACGGGCGUUGUGGAAAGGCCUGGAAUGUCAGGGUAAAGAGUGUUCAUGAUUUGGUGAGUGACGGAGCAUCACAGAGGUAGACAGCUGGGAGUGGGGAGACAUCAGGGUCUUGGUGUCUCUGGGUAGCGGUUGGAGGCUCAGAGGUGUGGCCUGCUUCCUUCUGGCAUCUCACACCUGACAUCCCACUGGAGAACCCGACCUGGUUGCUUACGGUUGACCUGUGAGGAAGAGGGUGAGGACGGAGGGGGAAGUGUUCCCUGUGGGCUUCCCACCCGCUUUCUGUUUGGCGGAAGGCGCUCUGGUCCCGGCUGGCCGCGCUGCCCUCCCCCUGCCGGGGGCGUAGGCCUCAGCACAGCGCCAGCCUAAACAGCUCCCGAGCUCAAUAACACGCGUUGAGGUCUGGAGACCCACAGGGGUUUCAUCUGGGGGCCAGCCACAGGGGGGCGCCUCACAGCCCGAGACACCGGUUCCAAAAGGCUCCGCCCCUUCCAUUCAGUCCUUAGCCAAUCAAGUUCCCGGGCAGAGAGGUCCUGGCAAAAGUGACCAAUCAUGGCUGGCGUUCUCGGAGCGGGCCUUUCCCCGCCUCCAAGCCGCACUGUUGCCGUGGCAACUUUUCGACCUUUUUGGCUUGUAAACUUUCCCUUUUCCCCUUCGCCUCGCGUCGGAACCAAUGACCCGGGGCUGGACUCCUGGAAUCGUCGCCAGCUCCUGAGCCUUCAGAGCCAGCCCUGGGUCUACCACCGAGAUGCCAAGCCGCCUGUCAGCUUCGAGAGCAUGCUGACAGAGGGCUAGGGCCACUUCCGGCCUUUCGCGUCGAGCCCCGUUAUUUUGUUGCUGUCCGGGAGGCCUGGGGAGCCCGAGCUCCGCAGACACAUCCGGCCUUGACGACGGUCGGCCAGCAAGCGGUGCCGGGGGGGUCCUGGAUCCAGCCCGGACACCUCCCGCUGGCACUCUAGCACCUUCUGAGCUUGGCGCAGGGCCUGACGUUGCUGCCAGGGAGAGCCCAGCGAGAGUGUGGCAACGGCUUCGAAGGAGACCGCGGUCCACUUGGGGGUGGGGAG